AUGUCUUUUCCAGCAUGGCUUGUCCUGGGACUGCUCUUUAUUGCCAGGAGCGUCCCCACACAAGAAAAAUACAGUGAUGCUAACAAAAGUAGUAACCAGAGCUGUGUGAUUCCUCAGUGGAAACUGCCAAAAUCCGAACGACUUCAGAGGAUAAUCCAGUACAGCUCUAACGGUUGUGAAGCUAGUGUCUUGCGGUGCUACUGUCUCACUCCAACUAACACCAGCAUCGUCAACUCAAGUGAAGUGGACUAUGUACUCGGACAGUGUAUUGAAGGUUGUUUCAUUGCAGACAGAUACAGUGAAUACUACAAAGUCCCGGUGUCAGGCGAAUGGAGAGGAUCUCUCUGUGCGCAGUACAAUCGAGCAGGUCCUCUGUGUGGUGAGUGUGUUCCAGGCCACGGACCUGCUCCAUACUCAUUUUCCAUUCGCUGCUUCAAGUGCCCAAAGACUGGUCUCUGGAAGAGAGCCCUGCUCUAUAUUUUGAUUGCCUAUGGUCCACUGACCUUUUUCCUGGCACUCAUCCUAGUGUUUACCGUCAGCUCAAACUCGGCCCCGCUCCGUGGCUGGAUAUUGGUGUGUCAGAUCACGAGCAGUUCAUUCUCCAUGCGCACACUCACCAGAAUGGCCGAACUGAAACACAUAGAUCAGUACUCGUAUAGAAUUCUUGGGACAUUCUAUGGAGUGUGGAACUUGGACUUUUUUCGUCCACUGUAUGAGCCGUUUUGUCUUAAUCCCCGCUAUGACAACACUUCAAGCACUAGCACUUGA